AUGAUCCUGACUUUAGAUUCUAUCCCGACUGAACUCAUCAUGGAGAUACUGUUGAGAUUGCCAUCAAAGUCAAUCGCGAUGUUUAGUUGCGUGUCGAAGCAGUGGGAAUCAAUACUUAGUAGUCCAUAUUUCACAGAGUUGUUCCUGACCAAGUCCUCGGCUCAGCCUCGAAAAAAAGGGUUGUUGAUCCCAGCGAAGCGUGAACAUAAUGGAGUGCCUGUGGUAUGUAACCCUAACACAGGACGAUAUGCGACCUUACCUUAUCUGACAAGGUACAGAAAGGCGAAUAGCUUUUUCGGGUUUGAUCCGAUUGACAAGCAAUUCAAGGUAUUGUUCAUAGCUUAUCCAAGUGAUGAUAGGCAUAAGAUCCUAUCAUUAGGAACUGGAAAAAUGAAGUGGAGAAGGAUUAAAUGUCCCUUAAGACAUGAUGUUGUGAGUGAAGGAAUAUGCAUCAACGGGGUUUUGUAUUACGUAGCUGACCCGUCUGGUUGGGAUGGUGAUCACAAGUCUGAUUGUGUGAUAGUUUGCUUUGAUGUUAGGUCUGAGACAUUCAAGUGGAUUUACUUAGAAAGCUUUUGUGAGUUGAUAAACUAUAAUGGUAAAUUAGGUGUGAUUUAUUUGGAGGAUAGAGUCGAGGCUAAUGCCUUUGGGUUGCGUGUGUGGGUCUUAGAGGAUUUGGAGAAAGAAGAAUGGUCGAAAUCUGAAUACAGUUUGAGGGAUGAUAAACUCAUCUAUGAUGAUGUUUCUGAAUGUGUUUCCGUCGUUGGAGUGACUGCUACGGGUGAAAUUAUUUUGUCAUUUAGCUAUUUUAGUUCUGAACGACCAUUUUAUGUUUUCUACUUCAAUCCUGAGACGAAGACUCUAAAAAGCGUUGAAAUCAAAGGUUUUGGAGAUAUUGUAGGGUGUGUGAGCCCAAAUGUUUACACCUUUGUAAACCAUGUAGAGGAUCUUAAUGUUAACAAGGCAAAGCUACUCAAUUCAAGCAUCUAUGCUCCAUAUGUGAUUAAAGCUUACUCAGAAUCAGAAGAAGAAGAAGAAGAGUCUGCAGAAUAA